AUGGAAGCAACGGCUACGAUCCAGGAUGAAAUUGUUUCUCAAAUAAAUAAAGACUAUGCAACGGUGAAGGGCUUCUUGGAAGCUAGGUCAACGAUAUUUCAGGAGCUCAUGAAGGUCCAAGAAUCGGUCUGGGCGAGCCGUGAAGCAGAUCAACACUAUGUACACGACACGGAUCCUGAUGAAAAGCAGAAAAAGGGUUUCUUCUGGAUGAUGACGAAGAUUGGCAAUCAGAUGCAGGCCAAAACAGAAAUAAUAUUGCCUCCCUCCAAGACUAUAAAUCUCCAGGCUCUCGAUAUCUGCAUGGCACCGGGAGGAUACUCCGCAACUGUCUUGAGGUACAACUCUCAUGCCAAAGUGUUUGGGCUCAGCCUACCGAUAAACGAAGGUGGACAUGAAGUUCUUCUUCCACGCUGGCAAACAGAUAAGCGGGUUAAAAUCCAGUUUGCCGACAUUACCAUGCUUGCUGCGGAACUCGGCUUUCCUGAUUUAGUUCAAGGAGGCAAUCUACAACCAUCCCCAUUUUCCAAUGAUAUACCCUUUAAAGAGCAGAAGUUUGAUCUUGUGUUUUGUGACGGACAGGUUCUCCGCACGCACGUACGGGCGCAGGGGUCCAAAAAGGAAGCUGUCCGACUCAGUGCCGCACAACUUAUUAUCGCGUUGCGAAGGAUCAAGCCUGGUGGGACCUUGGUUAUGCUUUUACACCAAGCCUACAGCCCUCAUGUCAUACGGCUUCUUGAGACAUUCGAUAACUUUUCUCAAAUAUCCCUAUUUAAGUCCACAACUACCCAUGCGUUUCGGAGCUCAUUCUAUCUUGUGGCCAAAAAUGUGGACCCCCAAAGCGAGAGGGCUAAUCAUUUACUACAAGAUAUGAGAAGAAAAUGGAGAACAUACACAGUUCUGAAUUUUGGUGUCAAUCUGCCUGAGGAUAACAUUGAAGAAAACCAGGAAACUAUGGAAGACAUCAUGGAGUCAUUUGGUGAAAGAUUGAUUUCUCUGGCCGAGCCAUUAUGGAAGAUCCAGAAAAAGGCUAUGGUACAAAGGUUUUUGAAAGGGCACAGCUGA